UGCACAUGUGCAGUUAUCCACUCUAGUUACCCAUAACCACAAUGUACAAAUGCAGUCUAAUUGAACCUAUAAUAUUCUGACGUGUGUAGUAGAAAAUGGAGAUAAUUUUACACGAGUAGGCUACAAUGAGACAAAGUACAUAACAAGUGUGUUGCUAUGUCAAGGAACCGAAAGGAGGGAGACGCCCUGACCGGGACGCUUUCGCUUUCAAUCCCGCACUCACCUGGCGCGGACAUCACCAUCAGGACACCUUUCCGCCCACCUGGAGACCAACAGUUACGCAUAAGUGAAGCAUAUGAAACUGCUUUAAAAUCUUUCACUUAUCUUUCCUCACCUUGUGGUCCACAUCAUGUGAACAGCAGCAGCUCAGAUUAAAAGCUCUCUGUGGUUUCUGUGGAGGCCUUUCUUAUUGUAGCACACAGAGGAGAAGAUAAGGGGACCUUGACUUCGUCCUUGUGAUUACAACGAAGAUGGGUAAAGAACAGAGCACCCUUCAGCAGAAGGGCUACACUAUUGAAAAGGAAACAGAAAACUGGGUUACAGCCACGAAGGACGGUGACAGAUUUUUCAUAAGAACGAUGAAGAUUUCCCCAAAUGCAGCAUUAAUCUCAGAGAUGGAAACUCUCAAUUCAAUAACCCAUCCUCAUGUUACGAGCACCAACAAUUCUUUUAAAGAUGAAGAUCAUGACGUGUACUACCUAGUGGCGGAGCACUGUCACAGUGGGAGUCUUGCAGAAAAGGUCAAAGGGACGAGUCUUGAUGAGUCUCAGAUACUGAGCUGGAUUGUUGAGAUCUGUAUGGCACUGCGAACCAUUCAUGAAAACGACUUGUUUCACAAAAAUCUGACACCACAGAACAUAUUCUUCACAGAAUUUGGAACUCUGCGCUUGGGUGGAUUUGGGAAACUCAAGGGAAACAUUGUAAGUUCUGCAGGAGGGGAAGCAGUUAAUUAUCUGGCACCAGAGGUCUUCUCAAGUGCAACAUAUGACGCUAAAAGUGACAUUUGGUCGGUGGGAUGCAUACUCUACGAGCUCUGUACUCAGAAAUUAGCGUUCUCUGCAGAGACCACAGUCGAUCUCAACCCCAGAAUUAUUUCUGGUCCUGUCCCUCGUCUCCAAGACACGUGGUCAUCUGAGUUUCAGGAACUCUUUAGUGACAUUUUGCAGAGAGACCCUGACUCAAGACCUACAACCUAUGAGAUUUUGGGGCGUCCCAUUGUUUUACAAUGUCUCUUAAAAAAGAGUGAAACAACUGUAGAGAACCUUCAGAUUCAGUUGGGCAAGCUGAGAGCUGUGGCCGACAGUUUGGAAAGUGUGCACCAGGGCGCCACCAUCGGCAGUCUGGCAGGAGGAGUGAUCGGAGCAGCAGGAGGGAUUACCUCCAUCGUGGGUCUUGUUCUGGCUCCCUUCACUUUGGGAACUUCACUUAUUGUCACUGGUGUGGGAAUCGGGGUGGGUGUUGCUGGUGGGAUCACUGCCGGUGCCUCAAAUAUCACAAACAUGGUCAACCAGGCCUCUGAUCGCAAAGCUGUUCAAAGCAUCAUCAAAGAGUUUGAUGAGAAAAUGAAGGCAGUGGCCCUCUGGCUGCAGGAGAUCAGCUACAGUUUGGAGGCAAUCUCCAGACGUUACUCAGGUGAUGUGCCUAGUGAUGAGGACAGCAGUUUCAAUCAAGAAAACUUUGCAAAGCUUGGCGCAAGGAUAGGAAAGGGCUUAGGAGGCGUUAGUGAACUGUUUCGUCUACUUAGAGUAGCAAACGUUGGCAAAAUCGCAGCACAAGCAUCCAGGGCAGUACGAGUGGCAGAGGUAGCCACUGGUGCACUUUCUGCUUUAUUUGUGGCAGCAGAUAUCUUCUUUAUUGCCAUGGAUGCUAAAGAGAUUCACCACAUUAGGCAGACAACAGCAGAUGGUCAAACACAAUCUGAGAUCAUGAAAUUCGUCCAUUCCAUCAGGCAGACUGCAGACGAGUUGCAGAAAGGUUUGGAUGAGAUCAAAAACCUCAUUCAAAUCAUCCCCUCUCUUGAGGAUGAGAGAGAGUUGGAAUGGGAAUGUAUUUAAAGUUGUGUUGCUUCUGGGUCGUACAUGUGUUUUAUAAGAUUUAGAGGGGAAUAUCCAAAGAAAAGUAUUGUUAAUCUAUAUUAAUACAAUAAUACAUGUGUUUGUGACAGUACUACUUGAAGAAAUGCUGAAUAUUUAUUGUGUUUAGAGUAAAAACAGCACCAACUCAUGAUGAUAAUAAUGGUUAUUAAGAAAGGACAUUUAGGAGGAUCUAUAUAUUCCCUCCUAAGCUUCCUAUUGGAAAAUGACGUGCAAUCAGCUGAUUCCCUUCAAUUGCAUCCAAUGGGCAAAUGUCAUUCAGGGCACCGUAUUUAAGCUGCUUUAGCCUGCCUACCUUUGCUCCCUCCUCUGCAAGCCCAAUGCAACCCACCCCCACCCCAGCUCUUCCUUUUAUGCUGUAUCUGAUUUAAUCAAUGUAAUUUAUGUUGCCAUUGAUGCUAGCUCUGUUCUGUACCCAGUGGGGUCUUUGCUGCUGCUCUCCUUGUCUUAAGCUUUGUGUGCACAUGGAAGGGCAGUGAGGUCCAAGAACAGAGCCACACCACCAAAUAUAACAUUCUGCAUUUGGAAAUAAAGUUUUCUUUUGACAAA